CCCUGGGCCCUGGGCCCUGCCCCCGCCGCCGCCGCCGCCGCGAGGCUUUUGUUCGGGCGCGGCGCGUGGAUUUCGGCUGGUUCUCUUUUCCACCCAUCCGCGCCGCGCGGCACGGGCGCGCCGGCCUCGCCAUAAAACCCAUCAGCCAAGCGCCGGCGCGCAUCCCGUUCUCCGCCCCCUCCCCCCGAUAAACACCGCCAGCUCGCCCUCUCGCUCGCUUCGCCCUUCCCGCCUCCCCCACCCCGCUCCGCCGCGUCUAGUUCUAGUAGUAGUUGUCCCCGCCUCGGUUCGACGUCUCCGAGGAGGAGCAACCCAACCACCGAGCCACACGACAACCGCCAGCAACCAACCUCCGCGCGUACGGGCGGUUCCCGACUCCCCAUGCGGUUGCCGCCGUGGGCGGCGACGGCGGCGCAGCGGCAUUCGCGAUCAUCGCAGGGAGGACGGCGGCGAUGGGCCUCGUCGGCGGCGUCCUCGGCUUCUGCGUCGGCCUCCCCAUCGGCCUCGCCGCCGCCUACUUCCUCUACCUCCGCUACUUCGCCGCUCGCCGCCUCCAGGAUCCUGUCAUUAGACCUUUACGGGAUUUAGAUUCUGAGACCCUGCAGACAACAAUACCAGAUAUUCCAUUAUGGGUGAAGAGCCCAGACUAUGAGCGGAUUGACUGGAUGAACAAGUUCAUUUUUGACAUGUGGCCUUUCUUGGAUAAGGCAAUAUGCAACAAUAUAAAACGUGCAACAAGACCAAUAUUUGAUCAAUAUGUCGGGAAGUAUGGUAUAGAAUCAAUUGAAUAUGAACAAUUGACACUUGGGUCUCUUCCACCUACAUUUCAAGGUAUUAAAGUCUACGAAAUGCGAGAAAAAGAAUUGGUAAUUGAGCCUGUGAUUCGGUGGGCUAGCAUCAUGAGUGUCAUCGUAAAUGUGAAGGUGCAUUCUUUCAAAGUGUCUGCUCAGCUUGAAGAUCUACAUAUAAUGCUAACACCACGUGUUACUCUGAAGCCGCUUGUGCCGAGCUUUCCCUGCUUUUCUAACUUGUGUGUUUCACUAAUGGAGAAGCCACGCAUAGAUUUUGGAUUCAAAUUGUUUGGGGGAGAUGUCAUGGCAAUACCGGGCUUGUAUCAGUAUGUUCAGGAUCAAAUAUCAAAGCAAAUCUCAAUUCUGUAUCACUGGCCUAAGGUCAUACAGAUUCCAAUCUUAGAUGGAGCAAGCGGCGCUACAAAGAAGCCUGUUGGAAUCUUACAUGUGAAGGUAAUUAGAGCCAUGAAUCUUCUCAAGAUGGACUUGCUGGGAAAAUCUGAUCCCUAUGUCAAGAUGCGCCUGAGUGGUGAAAGACUGCCCUCAAAGAAAACAACUGUUAAGAUGAGCAACCUGAAUCCUGAAUGGAAUGAACACUUCAAGUUCAUAGUAAAGGAUCCAGGCACGCAACUACUAGAGCUCCACAUGUUUGAUUGGGAAAAGGUUAAAAUGCAUGAUAAAUUGGGUAUGCAAGUAAUUCCGCUCCGUUUGCUUACUCCUUAUGAGAGCAAGUUAUUCACACUCGACCUUGUUCGAAGCAUGAACCCAAAUGAUCCACAUAACAAGAAGAACAGAGGAAAGCUCGUUGUUGAGUUGACUUUUGAUCCCUUCAGAGAAGACAGCACGGCCAGUGUGGCUUCAGAUGGUGAAGGUACUGCCAGUGCAAGAAGGGAAGCGGACGGUGAUUCCAGUGGUGGGGUGUUGUUGGUUUCUGUAGAAAAUGCGGAAGAUGUCGAAGGGAAGCGGCACACUAAUCCAUAUGCUGAGGUUCUUUUCAGGGGAGAACGGAAGAAAACAAAGGUGAUAAGGAAGACGAGAGAUCCAAGAUGGAGCGAGGAGUUCCAGUUCAUGUUGGACGAGCCUCCUGUGGAAGACAAGAUCCACAUUGAAGUUAAAAGCAAACGCCGCGGACUUCCUUACCCCAACAAGGAAUCCCUGGGGCAUGUGAAUAUAAACCUUGUGGACGUGGUGAACAAUGGCCGAAUCAACGAGAAAUACCACCUGAUCAACUCAAGGAACGGGAUGAUACAAGUCGAGAUCAAAUGGAGCACGGUGUGACCACCACUCUUUGUGCUUUGUAUUGUAACUUCAGUUCCUGUAUGUCCCAUUUGGCCCUGUUAGCUUAUGUUGUAACAUCAAUGGACAGUGGAGAUGCGUGUGACUUGCUUAUAAGUUGUAACAUAUAAAAAGCACCGGCUUUGCUCAAUCUCCUGGAUCAAGCUAGCCCAUCAGGGUUUAGUUGGUUGCUUGUGUUGAGCACCGUUGGUGAGUAAUAGAUGCUCAAAUAGUCGAACGCUACCAUCACAAGAAUAAAAGCCUUACCUGCUGCACCUAUUUCAAAAUGUAA